UUGAACCAUAAGAAUUCACACUCAUCCGAGAUGCUUACUGACUUGGAGUCACCACCCAUCCUCUCAAGCCGCGAGCUUUCGCCAUUGUUAGGGUUCUGAAUUUGCUUGCUUUGAUCAGAACAGUGGAGGUUCCAAGGUGAACACAGAUAUCGCUGACUCCAGCGCUGAACAGUAUGGUAACUUGAGGAGAGCCCGUUCCCAGUGAUUGCGUCGGGUUCUCUGGCUUUUGAAAUUUUUCGAAGUACAUUUCCAGACUUUACACUGAUCUGUGGUGCUUCUUCCGUUGUGCUAAAAUCGGAAAGCAGACUGAAUUGUUUAUCCACAAAAAGUUCAGGAAAUUUAACAGAACCAACCAUGCAAACCGCUUCAUAUCUUCAUCCAUUCUCUUAUUUUUCUGACAGUCUUGAAACAUAUUUCAGAAGAAGCCGUUUAAAACCAGAUGGGUGGAGUAAAUCACAAACCUCAUAUUCAAGUGAUCUUGUUAGGAGAGUUCUGAUUACUAGAAGACCUCAGACGUGUAAGUUUCUCUUGCCUAAGCAACAAACCAGAUUGUAUGCAAUUCCCAACACAGAUGAUGGCCACCCUUCUGCCUCUGUGUUAGAAGAUUCAAAUACAAAUCAUGCACCCAAUUCGGAAGUGAAGACAGUGUUGCACAAAUGGUCACCUCCCACGUAUAUGUGGAGGGGGUUUUCAGCUCUUAUCCUGGCAGGACAGGUUAUUUUGAGAACUUUGAAGGGCAAGGUGCACUGGGGAAAUACACUUCAGCAAUUAAGGAGAGUUGGGCCAGGUUCAGUCGGGGUCUGUCUCUUGACUUCAACAUUUGUUGGCAUGGCCUUUACAAUCCAAUUCGUUAGGGAAUUUACUAGAUUAGGGUUAAGCAGAGCCGUUGGUGGGGUUUUAGCACUGGCUUUCUCAAGGGAGUUGAGUCCUGUAAUUACAUCAAUCGUGGUUGCUGGGCGUAUUGGAAGCUCAUUUGCAGCAGAGUUGGGAACAAUGCAGGUUUCUGAGCAAACCGACACUCUGAGAGUUCUUGGGGCAGACCCAGUUGAUUAUCUUGUGACUCCGAGGGUGAUUGCUACAUGUAUUGCUCUUCCGUUUCUGACUCUAAUGUGUUUCUCAGUAGGGAUGGCAUCCAGCGCCCUCCUUUCCGAUGGCAUUUAUGGUGUUAGCAUCAACAUUAUAUUGGAUUCAGCUUGCAGAGCUCUCAAGCCGUGGGAUAUAAUUAGUGCAAUGAUCAAGUCACAGGUUUUUGGUGCGAUCAUAUCGAUUGUGAGUUGUGCUUGGGGAGUGACCACUAUGGGAGGAGCCAAGGGUGUCGGAGAGUCAACAACUUCGGCUGUGGUUAUAUCUCUUGUUGGGAUCUUUAUCGCAGAUUUUGUACUUUCGUGUUGUUUCUUCCAGGGAGUUGGAGAUUCGUUGAAGAGGCUCUAAGUGGUUGUUGAUAAGCUAAUGGAGAGGCUGAAGCAGGAAACAAAUCAAAGUAUGUAUACUUGGCUGCGUGAUGUUUUCGCACAAUGGCAGGUCAGCUUGUAGUACUCCUUGAUGGUUAUUGAGGCAUUUCUCUCCCCUCAAUAAAUCUAGCGAGCGACUAUUAACAACCUCAAAGCAGCGAGGCAUAUAGCGAGCCUGCUGGAGUUGAAAUUUUUGUGAAUUUUCCGUUAAAAUAGCAAAACAGCGUUGUUUAACGAGGCUGUUGGAGAUGCUCUUAGCUUUGCCUUUUGAUUAACGAUAUGACAAGUCCCAAAUUGUUGCAACUUGUGAAUUAAUCCAAAUAUCUAGGGGUGCAAGUGGAAUGGAAUUUCUGAUUCCGCCA